AUGGCGAGAGACAAGGAACGAUCUGUCAAUCCUGCGCAACAGCAGCGCAAGCUCGAAAAGGCGAAACAGCUGAAAAAGAGUCGGGCGGAGCUACAAGCAAGGCGUAAUGAGAAAUUGGCCCGCCGAAACCCCGAACGCAUCCAACGCCAAAUCGAUGACCUCAAGGCUCUCGAGGCUACAGGAGACAUUAAAGCUAGAGAACGGGCCAUAUUAGAGGAUUUAGAACGAGAUCUGCGUGCGGUCAAGAAAGCAAGAGAAGCCUUGGGCGACAAAGCCCCCAACUUCUCAGGGCCAUCCCGUCGACGUGACGCUGAGGGCAGUGGCACUACGCUGGGCAAGAGAAGGCAUGAUGGCGAGCGCAAAUACCACCAACCGAGACAAGACUCCUCGGGCAGUGACACGGAUGAUUCUGUCCGCCGCAUCCCCAUGCCUGAAGAUACACCACCACCCAUUCCACGAGAAUUCAGGCGCAACCCGCCGCGCCGAGACGAUGGCCACAAUCCUCAACAAGCGAGCUCGCCGACCGGAUUACCACCCACCAAACCAGGAGCGAAACCCAUAGAAGUGAAAACCACGUACGAAAGUGCUCCGCAGAUCCGUGAUCUCCGCAAAGAAGCCGUCAACAGAUUUGUACCAGACGUUGUCCGGAAGAAACAAGAGGCUGCAAAGGGCGGACCCACAGGUCGCUUGAUCGAACCGGAAGAGAUGGACCGCCUCGAAGCCGAGGGCUAUCUAGGCAAAGCCAACGACGAAAGGACACAGACCGCCACAGCAACGACUUCAACCACACCUACAGGUGACGAGGGCGCGGACGAGGAUGCAAGGCGACUUGCGGAGGAGGAAGAGCGCUUUCUACGCGAGGUGGAGAUGCAGGAUCAUGAGGACGGUGGAACUCAAGACACCGAGCCACCCGAGGGCGCAGACGACCCGAGGCAUCAUUCCAGCAGCGAAACCCAGCCGUCGCAACGCAUUCCACAUCGUCGUAACGUGGAGAUUGAAGAAGUCGAGGACGAGGAUGCCUAA